GUCGGAUAGUUUCACACACAUCAAGAAUCAGCAUCCAAGGUAAGAAUUGACUAAAUUUACAUAGCUACAAAAAGGACUAAGGAUUCAUGACAACUAUGAUGCUGCUCUUGCUGCUGUUGGUGGCAUCAUGUGCUGCCAUUCCUCAAAAUCUUCAAGGGAAGAUGUUCACCUUCCCAGAACAAACCAACACAGCACAUGUUAGGUUGACGACAUCAAGACAAAACUUCAAUGCUGUGACUGUCUGUUUCAGGUUCUUUACAGACCUCUCAAGAGAAUAUUCUCUUUUCUCUCUGGCCGUACCCUCUGUUUACAAUGGUUUUUUGUUUUACAAAAGCUUGAAUUCUUUUGACGUGUGUGUCAGAAACACAUGCCCAAAAUUUGAAGGACUGGACUUCAAGCUGAACAAAUGGCACUCGGUCUGUGGAACAUGGGAAGCUGCAUCAGGUUUGGCACAACUGUGGCUGAAUGGACAGCCUUCAAGCAGGAAGCCAGCCAGUAAAUCCAAUAUCAAUGGAUCAAUUAUAAUCGCUCUAGGACAGGAUCAAGAUUCACAUGGUGGUGCUUUUGAUGCCAAACAAUCAUUUGUCGGCAUGAUGUCAGAUCUCCAUAUGUGGGACUACAGGCUUUCACCUUGUGAGAUUCGGGAAUACGCAACUGAGUUUGGUUAUGCAAAAGGAAAUGUGUUGAACUGGAAUUCACUGGAAUUCCAGACUACAGGAACGGUGCUGAUAGAGAACAACCUGAAAAAUUGUCAAUAA